UUGUGUCUGACCUCUGAUCGAAUCACCCCAACGCGGAGAGAGUCAACUAGGCCAAUGGGCAGCAGUACUGCCUUCACAUGAGCCGCCAUUGCCGUUUUUAUGGGCUCGGCGGAGGAAAUUGGCUGAUCUCUGCGGGUUGGCAUUAGGCACAAAUGCGGGCGAUCUCCGCGUUGCGCCGCUGUUCUGCCCCCACUCUGGUCUGCGCAUCUCCGCGUUGCGGUGCUAUUCCACGCCCCCUCGGGUCAGCAGCUGGGCGAGAAACCGACGUCGAUUCCGCAGCGACCUCUAAUCCUCUCAUCUCGCUGACUCGUCUGCGUUACGCGAAGGCGGACUAUUCGUCGUUUUCUUCUGAAACCCUUCUAUGGCACGUGGCACUUAUGCAGCCACGUGAAAUUAUAAAGCCAUCAAUAACCAACCACUGAUUCCGUUACAAACGCUCGACUCGUCCAUUUUCUGUUCGGUCAUCGCAUCGCGAAUUGACUCCUGCACUCGAUCCCUGCUGCCCAGUCCGACUGCUAGUUAGGCCGUAUUCUUAGGGCUGCCGUGCGAGUCUCUGGCCGCUAGUUGCGCCGUAUUCUUAGGGCAUCCAUUCAUUCCAUGGCGUCGUUACGCUCAUGGGGCGCGGGAGCUCCGUCCGCGAGUCAAGGCCAGGGCGGCGCGUUCUCCACUCCGCCCUCCGCCCGCGCUAAGCCAGCCACGCCAGAAUUCAACUUCCACACCCCCUCGCCCUCCCAUCAACACCAACCCUCCGCCGGCGGGUUACCGAACCAGCCACAGCAGAACGGGUAUGCAUCCAGCAACCCGCAAGCCUCCCCCCUCCCGCCUCCCCCUUCCACCUCCAUGCCCGGACUCUCGUCCCCAUUUCCCGCCUCCUCCGCUGCCACCGCAGUAGCCGCAGCCGCGGCGGCAUCCGCCGUUCCCGCGAGCCCGUGGGGGAGCAUGGUGGUGGGCGCGAACGGACAGCCGCAGCGGUGGCUGGACGCCGCCGGUGUGCUGACGGACGUGGAGGAAGCGGGGAGGUUCUUAUCGGAUCUGCUGGCAGAUGACGCGGCAGUGUCUGGAGCAGGACACGUGGCAGCGGGGGCUGGUGCUGGGACGGGGGGCGGGGCUUUGGGUUUACCGGAUCUGCACGAGGAUCUCGAGGCGGGACGGCUGUCUGCGCUCCAGCCGUAUUCGAGUCCGCCGUUGGAGUGGCCGGCAGCAGUGGAGCAGGUGGGGUUCGAGGAGCUGCCUCCGGAGCUGAUAGCGCGCUACAAUGCCGCGGGCGGGGAGGGCUCCGCGCUCUGCGGCCUCUUCCCCGCCGCCAAGCUCGCAUGGGCCACCGUCAAUAACACGCUCUUCCUCUGGCGCCUGGGGGGCAGGAGCAGCAGCAGUCGGUGUGCGCAGUUCACGUGGGAGCAGCACGCCAUAUGCGCCGUGGGGCUGGUGAAGCCGCGCCCGUCCGUCUUCAUCCACGCCAUUCAGCACCUGCUCGUGCUCGCCACGCCCGUGGAGAUUCUUCUGCUGGGCCUCUGCUCGCGGGGAAGCCCCUCGCUCCUAUCUUGGCGGGCCACUUCAGCAGCAGCGCCGUCUCCCGGCCCACAGGACACGUCCUUCUUGGCCACCCCUCCGCCACCUACCUCAUCCUUAGCAGCAGGAGCAGGAGGAGGAGGGGAAGGAGAGGCAGGCGCAGGGGCAGGGGCAGGGUCCCGCGGGCAGCCGCCGGAGGACAUUGUUCUGCAGCCGCUUCCCGACUACGUGGUCAGCAGCGACAACGUCGCCAUGACCUGUGUGGCGGGGACGCCCUCGGGCAGGAUCUUCCUGGGCGGGCAGGACGGGCACGUGUACGAGAUGGCGUAUAACUCGGGGUCUGGGUGGCAGCGGCGCUGCCGCAAGAUCUGCCUCACCAACUCGCUCACCUCCAUGAUCUCCAAGCUGGUGGUGCCGUCGGUGUUCCGCUUCUCCUCAUCCAGUCCAGUUGCGGAGCUGCAGCUCGACGCGGACCGCGGCAUUCUCUACGCACGCACGCUCGACUCGCGUGUGCUCGCCUUCGACCUGGGCGCCGACGGACAGCAGCCCGCACGCAAGGUAGCAGAGGCGUCCCAUGUGGGAACUCUAAGGGAGUACUACCGGGAGGCUGGCGCUGGGGGCGGUAUGGGAGGAGGGUUCUUUGGUGGUGCUGGUGGUGGGCAAGGGGUUGGAGGAGCAGGAGCAGGAGGGAGGGGGGGCAUGCGAGGUGCGCCGGCCAAAGCGUCCGUUGUGUCUCUUGCUCCCACUUCCGUUGCUGAGUCCCGCUCAAUUCAUCUUGUGGCUGUUCUUUCCGACGGCCGCCGUGUCUUCCUCUCCACGUCCCACACCCCCUCCUACUACCACCCCUCCCGCCCUCUCCCUUCCGCCACCCCCUCCACUCCUUCCGCCUCCGCCUCCUCCCACUCUCACCACCUCCACAAGCAGCCUCGGCCUUCCCAGCUCAAAGUUAUUUCUGCCCGGGCUGCCCCUCCACGAGGACUCCCAAUCGCUGCUGCUGGUUCGCCCGCCGCGGCAGCAGCAGCAGCCGCAGCAGCAGCUGCAGCAGCGAGCAUUGCAGGGUAUGGGUCCCCCACUGGCUUAGGCCCGCCUGGUGCUCCUGGGUGGGGGGCAGCGGGGAGAGGCAUGGGUCCUGGGGGGUACUAUGAUGCAGCCGGAUCCGCACGGUAUGGUGCAGGAGGUGGUAUGGGAGGAAUGGGAGGAAUGGGAGGAAUGGGGGGGGUGGGAGCUCCUGGUGGGGCUUUUCCAGGACCCGGAGGUCUUGCAGGGAUGGGCGCAGCAGUGGGGCUUGGGGGGCUGGGCGGCUUUGGAGGGCUGACGUUCGGUGCGGAGCAGGCGCUGAUGAUCAAGGUGGAAGCAGCCGUGAGCAACGCCGGCCAGCUCUCCCUCUCCGACGCGUCCCCGCCCCAACUGGGCUCCAUGGCUGCUGCACCAGUGUCCCCACCGACCUCCUCCCAGCUCGUCAUCUGCCUUAGAGAUCUCACCAUCCCUCCCUGGUCGUCUGGCGUCUAUGCUGGCGCUGGUGGCAUGCCUAUGGGUGGUGGUUUUGGCUCUCCUCCCACCCAUCACCACCAAUAUCACCAUCAGCACCAGCACCAGCAUCAGCAUCAGCAUCAGCAGCAGCAGCAUUUCCAGCACACCCCUGCUGCAGGGUCACCUGCACCAGCCCCUGCUCCUUCAUCCCCUUUCUCGUUCUUCUCCCCUUCACAACAGCAGCAGCAGCAGCAGCAGAGGGGAUUCAGCUUUGGCACUCCUGCAGCAGCACCAGGAGGUCCAGGUUCAGCCGCCAGCCCCUUUGCACCCCACGUACCAGCAGCAGCAGCAGCAGCAGGUGGGUAUGCGGCACCCUCUGCUCUUCUCCCCCGCGGUCUGCGGGAGACGGUAUCCAUCGUGCCCUUGGAAGGCCGCGUGCUCGCAAUGGCAGAGCUCCUCCCCUCGCUCCUCCUCACCGCCGCCUUUGAUGUCGCCUCUGCCGCUGCCCUGGGCUCGCUCCCCUCGGCCGCCCUCGCGGCUCCCUUCCCAGGAGCCAUUACUGCCUCUACUGCUGCAAAUGGCUUUCUCCCGCCUGACUCCCCCUUUUCUGGGGCAGCAGGGCGAGGAGGGGGAGUGGGAGCAGGGGUAGGAGGAGGAGGGGGAGAAGGAGGAGGAGGAGGAGGGGCGUUGGGCUGGUUGCUUUCUGGAUCGCCAGAGAGAGUGCAAGGAGGGGGGAGGGGAGGGGGAGGGUGGGGAGGAUGGUGGGGAACACCAGGAAAGGGAGGAGGAGGAGGAGGUGCAGGCGAGGGGGGCGGUGGGGGGGGCAGCAUGGGGGGCUUACGGCUGAAGGAAGGCGGAGGGGAGGAGGAGCAGUUGGCGCGUGCGCGGCGGCUGUGGGCGCGGGGGAUACUGGCCACGCAGCACAUGCUGCCGCGGCGGUCCCUGGUGGUCCUCAGCACGGUUGGGCUGGUGAGCUUCGCGGUGAACCGGCCAGUUGAUAUCCUGCGGCGGCUGCUGGAGAGGAAUGCGCCGAGAGCAGCGGUGGAGAGUUUUUUCGUGCGGUAUGGCAGUGCGGAGGCCGCAGCUAUGUGCCUGCUGCUGGCGUCAGGAAUCAGCCCAUGGAGGGAGGGGGCGGUGGGUGUGGGUGCGGAGGAGAGUGCGGGUAGAGAGAUGGACGGGGAGGAUGCGGGGGAUUUUGGUAGGUGGGGACAGGGAGGUGGGGGAGGAGGAGCGGGAGGGGAAAGGCGGCGUGGGAGAAUGGCAGGCGGGUGGGAUGGUGGGCUAGGAGGGGCGGGAGGGGGUGGUGAUGAGGGGGUAAGAGCAAGAGGUGGAGGAAUUGGGGGAGUGUCAGCGGUGGGAGGGGGGGUGUCAGGGGGAGCGUCAGCUGUGUCGGUGCUGGUAGCAGAGCGAGCAGCCCAGCUGCUAGACGACCCUCGCUUUGUGGGCCUCCCAUCUCUUCAAACCCUUCCUUAUGGCACCACCACCACCGCCGCUCCGCCUGUUACUCCCAACCCUGCAGCAGCAGCAGCAGCAGCAGCAGGACCGCCAGGUGCACCAGGAGGGGCGUUUGGAGGAGUUGCAGGGGCAGCAGGAGCAGGAGGCUGGUCCCGGCCCUAUGCCCCUUCCACCCCUCCUGCUGCGGCGGCUCCUGGCACUCCUGCUGCUGCCGGUGCUUAUGGUGGUGCUGCCGCUGGUGCUUAUGGCACUGCAGGGGCGGCAGCUCCCGGCUGGGCUGGGUUUGCUGGGAGGAUGGGGGCAGGGUGGGGGAACGCAGCAGCAGGAGCAGGAGUAGGAGUAGGAGGACCAGAAGUUCAGGUGGUGUAUUCCGGCGCGUUUCAAGGGCUGUCGCUGUGUGUGGCCAGGCUGCUGGGCCCCAUAUGGGACCUGCCUGUCCUCUCGUCCCCCUCGGGCACCACUGCUAGUGCCUUUGCGGCUUCCGCGGCUGGCGGUGGUGGCUCUGGAGGUGCCGGUGGCGCAGGGGCGUCUGGUGGCGGUGGUGCCAGUGGCGCUGCAUCUGCUGCACUCUACUGCAGCCUGCCUCCUGAGGUGCUGUCGCUGUACGAGGCCAAGGCGCGGCUGCUGGAGGCCUUUCUGCGCUCGCGCAGGGACCAUCGCCGCGGCCUCUAUGCGCGCGUGCUGGGCGCGGGCCUGCUGCCCGCCCUCCCCUCCUCCUCCACUCCGUCCGCUGCUGCUGGAGGGGCAGGGGGAGGAGCAGGAGGAGCAGGAGGAGCAGGAGGAGGAGCGGUUUCGUGGCAUGGGACUGGGGAGCAGGAAAGGGGGCGUGCUGGCAGGGAGAGGGGAGCGGGGGUUGGAGGAGGAGGAGGAGGGGGGGGAGCAGGAGGGGGAGGAGCAGGGAUGGGCGGGUACCCGGAGGUUAGUUCUGGGGGAGGGUGGAUGUCUGAGGCGAUGGACGCGGAGGGGGCGUUUUCUAAGAGGCAGAGGCUGGCGCCCACUGCUGCCCAGUUGGCCGCUCAUGAGGUGCGGGCGACAGAGGGCUUGCGGCGGCUGCUGCGGCGCACAGCAGAGGCCCUACGGCUGCUGCACGUGCUGUCGCAGCACCACGUGAUGCGCCUGGUGCGCGCACUGGACCCCUCCUGGCACCCGCUGCUCGCCUCCCUCACCCUGCACCACCUCGUCUGCUCGCCCGCUGGUGACUCCACUGCUUCCCAGCUCAUCGCGGCACUGCUGCAGUACUACACGACCCCCAGUGCGCGGGGCUCCAUGGAGGACAUGUGUGCGCGGCUGCGCGCGGACUGCCCGUCGUUCUUCUCGGACGCGGACCAGACCUUCUUCGCCGCCGUGCAGUGCCUCGAGGCCGCGCGCCAGGCUGCUGCUGCGGGCGACGCCGCCACAAGGACGCGCCUGGCGCGCGAGGCCAUGGCACUGCUGGCGCGCGUGCCGGAGACCGCGGACCUGCUCUCCGUGUGCCAGCGCUUCGAAGACAUCGGGUUCUACCAAGCGGUGGUGGAUCUGCCUCUGCGCAAGGCACGCGCGCUGGACCCCAACAACGACGCCACGAAUGGCAGAGUCGACCCCGCUGUCAGAGCAGCUGCUAUGCAGGCCCGGCAGCAGUGCUAUGACGUGGUGGUGGCGGCGGUGCGCUCUCUCAGUGGCCAGACCACAGGGGGGGGCGUGGCGGCACGCCCGCAGUUUGGCGUGCCACGCCCGCUGGGAGCGGCGGCACUGACAGACGAGGAGCGGGAGCAGCAGCUGGUGGCGGUGGUGCGGCAGGCGGUGGCGUGGGACGACGCGCUGUUCCACCGCCGUCUGUAUGCCGCUCUCAUUGCGCUCAACCUCGACUCGCUGCUCGUCUCGCUCUCCGCGCCCGAUGUCGAGGACUUCCUCCGGACAGGCGGGGGAGAUGUGGAGCCUCCCGACGCACAGCUGCAUGUGCGGUACCUGUCGGUGCUGGCGCGCUACUACAUCGAGCGGCGGCAGCACGAGCUGGCAGCGCACGUGCUGCUGAGGCUCGCAGAGAGGCAGCAGGUGGAGGGCGCCCAGCCGGGGCAGCCGGGCUUUCUGUCCCUCGAGGAACGGUGCAACCUCCUGAGUGCAGCAGUGCUGCAAGCAGCAGCCAUCAGCAGCAGCGGGGGCAACGCAGCAGCAAGUGGAGGGGCGGGCGCAAGAGGGCGAGCAGUAGCAGGGGCCGGCGGAGGUGGUGGAGGGGAGAAGGAGGUGGCACGGCUGCAGACGGUGCUCAAGGACAAGCUGGCGGUGCUGCAGUUUCAGAUCCGCAUCCGAGACCAUCUGCUCGCUGUCGCCACCAGGUUUGAUGGCCAACCGUCAACACAGCAAGAAGCAGCAGCAGCAGCAGCAGCAGCAGCAGCGGGGGGUGCUGGAGCAAUGGAAGAAGGAGUAAACGGAGCAGCAGCAGCUGCAGCAGCGGCAGGAGUAGGUGGAGGGGGAGAGGGGGAGGUGCGGCGGCGGGCGGAGGUGGCAGCAGCGGAGCUGCAGAGGGAGGUGCGGAGCAUCACGGACCUGUACAACGACUAUGCCGUGCCGUUCCAGCUCUGGGAGGUGUGUCUCGAGAUCCUUCGCUUCUCCAGCUACGCCAGCGAUGGCAGCAACGGUGUGGAGCGCGCCAUGUGGCGCAAUCUCAUCGAGCAGGGCCUGCAGCAGGGCGGCAUUGCAGAGGCAUGCGAGCGGGUGCAGAGAGUGGGCGCCUCGCUCUCCAUGCGUGGCAGCGGUGGUGCUGGCGGUGCUGUUGGUGGUGGCGGUGGCUCUGGAGGCACCGGGGGCAGUCUCCCUCUGGAGUUCCUCUGCCUGCUGCUGGAGCAAGCAGCACAGGAUCUCGAGGCGAGAGGCGAGUCCUCCAACGACGAGAUCCCGCGCGCCCUCAUCUCCGCGUGCGCGGGCGCGUACGAGCCCGUGGCCGCAGCUUACUCGCAGCUGCUCUCGCGCGCCGCCGGCCCCCUCUGCCAGCCCUCCCUGCGCCUGCGCUUGCUGCUGUCUGUGCUCGCCGUGCUCAAGCAGUGGGCCGCGGCACUCGUGGAUGCCGAUGGGGGGCUCGGAGGGGAUGGCGGUGGGAGGGGGAAAGCAGGAGGCAUGGAAGGGCCGGAGUUUAUGGCCAUGGAUGGGCGCAUGGGAGACGGGAUGAGCGCACGGGCUUCCAGGGCUGUGCUGGUCAGCGCAUGCAGUCGGUACAUGGGCGAGGUGCGCCGACUGCCGUUGCCCCAGGACACAGCGGACCAGCUCAUAGCAGAGCUGCGCCAGGUGGAGGCAGCAGUGCAGCGCCCACUGCCCUUCUUCGGCUGACCCUUCACCACACUCCACCACUCUUGACCUUGCUCAACCCCUGCACUACUGAUGCUCAACUGUUGCUUUUGGGAUUGGUCCCCUUGAUCCGAGUUUGGACCCGUUUUUGUAUGCUUGCGGCUUGGCGGCAUACAAGCUGCCGUGCGAAGUCAUGGUUCUCAUUGGUCUUUCAGUCAAUUUGGAGAAAACAAACAGUAUAUAGCUGCUAUGUGCCGGAUAGUCGUACGCCUGCUUGUUUGGAGUAACCUGACAUGCUUUGAUUGACAAGCAGCUGCUAGAAGCUUCACAUGGCACCAUCCAUUAGUUUCUCUGUUUUUUUAGCCUGUG